CACCAGUCCACCACCCCACCAUCAGUUACUACUGCCUGCCUGCCUGCCUGCGUCUCUCCUCCAGGUCCAGGCUCCAGGAAUCCACCCCCCACCUCCUCGGAUUCUUUCCCCCUCUCCAGCUCCCCCGUCCUGCAGCCGCCUGCACUGUGCUGCCGCCCCGUUCGCCUCCCGGCCUCCAGCCUCCUCGGUUCCCGCGGGAGGGCCAUGAAGUUAAGGACAAAACGACCUGAAUGGAAGUCCCUUGUGCCUCUACAACUGAGCAGAUUGAGCAGGAAAUCUGCCAUGCGUUUCUUUUUGUUCCCCAAGGUUCAGUCGGCUGGUCAAUCGCCAGAUGAUACCCCAGUUUAUCUUAAUGUGUAUGAUUUGACGCCAAUGAACGGUUAUAUAUAUUGGGCAGGCCUGGGCAUAUUUCACUCAGGAAUUGAAGUUCAUGGUGUUGAAUAUGCAUUCGGAGCACAUGACUUUCCCACCAGUGGGGUCUUUGAGGUAGAACCUCGCCAAUGCCCUGGUUUCAGAUUCAGAAAAUCAAUAUUUCUUGGUACAACAUGCUUGGAUCCAAUCCAAGUUAGGCAGUUCAUGGAGCUGCAGUCAGUAAACUACAACGGCGAUACUUACCAUCUUAUCACGAAGAACUGUAACCACUUCUGCAAGGAUAUGUGCUACAAGUUGACCGGUAACAAAAUUCCCAAAUGGGUGAAUCGGCUCGCCAGAAUAGGCGCCAUUUGCAACUGCCUUCUCCCGGAGUCGCUUAAGAUCUCUCCGGUUGGCCAUGACCCAAACAGUCAAUCCGAAGACUCGGAGAAGAGGCGUCUGAGGAACCCAUUCAGCUGCUUCUCUUCGAUCUCGAGCCACCGGCAGCUGCCGUCGUCAUCUCCUUUCCCACCAUCUCCUGUGAAAGGGGGCCUCCCCCGUUGCUCGUCGAGGAAAAGCAGCACGGCGUCUCCGAAAAAUAGGUAGCCUGCCCUGGGGCGCGCCCCUGCGUAACUUCCGAGUCGUCGUGCUAAUUCCUGCGGUGUCAACAUCUGGAUCCGCACGGCGAGUGCUGUGCUGUGCUGCGCUGUAGCUUUCUGUCAGGUACUUGUUUUUUGGUCGGUAAAAAUCAGAUGCCUGAUGUUGUAUCAUGUAAAAAACCCCUAGCGACGUGUGCUGCUGAUCUGCCUCGCAAGAUCUGUUGGGAGGGUGAAUUGCCACUCGGUUCUACCCGCCGCCUAUGUACUCUACUCAGGGAUUUGUAUAUUAAUCCAUUAUUCUUUCAGC